CCGGGAGAGGCUCGGGCCGCGGCGGCUGGCGGGGGUCCCGGGCGCCCCAGCCGGGAACGUACUGCUCUGGCGGCGGCGGGCGGAAAGUACAGAUAAAAAUGGGAAAAAGGUGUCUUUCCAGACUGACAGUGCUGCCUAAUGCCACAACAGCCACGCAGAUGGAAGCGUUUCUAUGUGUGAAGGACUGAAUGAAGUAAGAAGUGAUUGCCGUGUGAAGGCAGCAGGAAAAAGAGGAAUUGCUAAGGAAUUGGAAGAAAUAACAAGGUUUCACAAAAUGAGGCUGUGAAUCAAUGGAUGAGAAGUCAAGGAUUAAAGGUUCUCAGGCAUUUCUGUAGCAUGGACUGCAUCUUAAUGCAAGGAAGUGUCUUUCAAACCUCAUGUACAGAAAGUCAAUUCCUCCAGUCCUUUGGUGUUGGCAGUAAAAUGCAAUCAGCAGUGUAGCUAAGGCUUGGUGUUAUCCUCUUUGGUGUGCCCACAGGCAAUUUACUGCCCCUUCACUUGCCCAUCUAAAAUAUGUAGUUUCCUGCAUGCUACAGGUAAAUUUUAACAAAGGCAAAAGGGCCUCCAGUCUUUGGAAAGAGUUUGAAGAACUAUUACCUGGAUGUUUCUGAGCGUUGUUCUGCUUCUAGCUGCUCAGCGUGUCUUGGCUGCUCCAGAUCUGCACACUCUGACCAUGAGCAGCAAUUCCUCCCUCAGCAAUGGGAAGGGCCUGAGGAACCUGACCACAGAGGAAGAUGGGGCAGUCAGAGUCACUGAGUCUGUUGCUAUAAUUGUCAUUGCCAUCUUCAUCUGUUUGGGCAACCUGGUGGUUGUUGUCACUCUGUAUCGCAAGUCAUACCUUCUCACCUUGAGCAACAAGUUUGUGUUCAGCCUGACCCUCUCCAACUUUCUACUCUCUGUGCUGGUGCUGCCUUUUGUUGUGACCAGCUCCAUCAGGCGAGAAUGGAUCUUUGGGGUUGUUUGGUGCAAUUUUUCAGCCCUGCUCUACAUGCUGAUCAGCUCAGCCAGCAUGCUCACUCUGGGACUCAUAGCUAUAGACCGGUACUACGCUGUGCUGUACCCGAUGGUUUAUCCGAUGAAGAUAACGGGCAACAGAGCAGUGGUAGCUCUUGUGUACGUGUGGCUGCACUCCCUUAUCGGCUGCCUCCCUCCCCUUUUUGGCUGGUCCUCCUUGGAGUUUGACCAAUUCAAGUGGAUGUGUGUGGCAGCCUGGCACAAGGAGAUUGCCUACACAGCCUUUUGGCAGAUCUGGUGUGCGCUGCUGCCAUUCGUGGUCAUGAUGAUCUGCUACGGAUUCAUAUUCCGUGUGGCAAGGAUUAAGGCCCGCAAAAUUCACUGUGGGAGUGUUGUCAUUGUGGAGGAGGACUCGCAGAGGAAUGGGAGGAAGAACUCCAGCACCUCCACGUCAUCCUCUGGCAGCCGAAGGAACGCUUUCCAAGGGGUUGUUUACUCAGCCAACCAGUGCAAAGCUUUCAUAACCAUCUUGGUUGUCAUUGGGGCUUUCGUCAUUACGUGGGGACCUUACAUGGUAGUAAUAACAUCAGAGGCACUUUGGGGUAAAAACAGUAUUUCCCCUGCUUUGGAGACAUUGGCUACAUGGCUGUCCUUUUCCAGUGCCAUUUGCCAUCCGCUAAUUUAUGGGCUGUGGAACAAAACGGUGCGCAAGGAACUCCUGGGAAUGUGCUUUGGGGAUCGGUAUUACCGUAAGUCCUUUGUUCAGCAGCACAGGACAUCUAGGCUCUUCAGCAUUUCCAACAGGAUCACAGAUUUGGGACUAUCUCCUCACCUUACUGCCCUCAUGGCAGGUGGGAGGCCAUUGGGAAACAGCAGCAGCACAGGAGAUACAGGUUUCAGCUGCUCACAGGAUUCAGGAACAGAUACAAUGCUUCUUGAAGAUUAUAGCUCAGAUGGCCCUCAUGCCCCUCACUGCAUCUGUCCUCCUCGAAGGAGGAGUUCAGUGACAUUUGAAGAUGAAGUGGAACAAAUCAAAGAGGCUGCAAAGAAUUCUGUUCUUCAUGUAAAAGCUGAAGUGCAUAAAUCUCUGGACAGUUACGCAGCCAGUCUGGCCCGAGCUAUAGAAGCUGAUGUGAAACUCAGCCUGUUUGGGGAAGAUGCUUUACCAGGAGCCCUGUUCCCCUCAUGGACUCUGACAGGAAGCAGUGGGAACAUCCGGCGUGGUGCCAGGCCCCAUGCCAGCCAAAGACUGAAGCUGCAGAGCAUCGAUGAAGGGAACAUUUGACACAAGCACUGGAGUGGGAAAACAGAAUGAAACCACCAAGCAGGUCCUACUGCAGCUGGUAGUGUUUCACCAGAACCAGGACACCUUGUCAGAAUGUUUCCAGUGUUUUUUCACAGGGAAAUAGCUGGGUUCUGGUACUUGCAUUAGCAUUUUACAGCAAUGUUUGUUUACUGGUUGGGGUGCUACUGACUCUUCUGCACAUCAUUAUCAUACAGCACAUAAGGAAAGCAGAGCUUGGUUUCAUUGACCACAUCAUUAGUCAGUUGAAUCUUGGGUCCAUUGGCCAAAGCUGAUACCAGAACAAAACAGAAAAGGUAUGUGCAGUGUUUAAUUCAUUGUUACAUCCAUCCUUUUCUGACCACCAGGAUAAUCAGCUGAUACUUGAUAGCUGUAGUGCUCCAAUAGGAGCUUGUGCAUUGGAUAAGACAUAAAGCCUUACUCCCAGCUGAGCAAUGUGGACUUCACUAAAGACAAAGCCUGAACUUUUCCCAGAGCUCAUGCAGAUUAUGGUCCUACUUACCUUUGCUGGGGGAUAUUUCUGUCUGUUCAGCCAUCAGAAUGCCAUAUCUGACAUUGGACUGUGUUUUGCUUCAGCGGCAUGGAACACCAGCUCCUCUGGAUGUAAUGAAUGGGAAUAAACAUGUGCUGGGAGCAGCACAGAGAUAGGAUUUGAGGAAAUCAUUAGUGCAGAAUUCUUGGUUUCUUUGAGAACUUCAGCUCAUGUUUUGCUGUUAUUAAAAGGGCACUCUGUGGCUGUGCUAAACCUGACAGAAUAUAAAUGAGAUAUUAUCACUUCAUAUUCAGGAUUCAUCUUCUAGAGAGAAGACAGCUGUUUUUGGGUUUUUUUAAUCAUGAGGGAAUGUAGUAUUUAAGCUGUAGUUACCUCAGUGCUUUUAUUUCUUGGAGUAUUAAUUAAUUAAUCUCAAAAAUAAGAACAUUUGGCACUUAUAUUGCACUUUGCAUGUUCUUAAGCACUGUACAGACAUUACCUUGUUAGGCCUUUGUGAGAGGGUUGAUCAGCCCUGCUUGCCAAAGAAGGGGAACUCGGCACAGCCAAGCUGCUGGCAGUGAAACAAGGUGCAAAGGUGGCAAGUUCUAUAAGGAAAAGAGGGAUGAGGUGGAUCAUUCGAGUAUAUCCAGCUUGAGGAACUUUUCUGUGCCUUUGUGGGCUACCCCCUUCCUUACUUUGUGGGGUUAAAACCCUGCCUUACUGUGUAUGCCAGAGAGGAAAUGUAAGUGAGCAGGAUAAUUUCUUGGGAGUGGGUGUCAGUAGCAAAUGGACUUAAGGACCGAGGGUUUGCAUGUGUUUACUCUGUGUCUGCUCGCCUGUGCCUCUACCUUUCCCCAGAAGUGCUUUGUAUGAGGUUUUGCUGCAGAUUGUUUGGAAAUCAUGAUCAGGAUGUUUCCAUCUGGGUAAAAACGGGGUGUACACCCAUUGAGUUUUGUCUUUGUAUGACUUACUCAGAGGCACAGAAGCAAAGUGCUAUGAGGCAGAGCCUUGGUCCAGUACUGUAUUUAGACAUCCUAUUUGUCUUGUUCCUGACUCAGAGAUGUAUUUCAGCACAAGCUUAUAUCCAUCUCUGGACAAAGCAACUUGACUUUCUGAACUAGCCUGAAUCCCAUUGCGUUCCCAUGUAAAAUAUAACUGCAUGCUUAAAAUUCAGUACAUGGUUUGUUGGUUUAAGAACAGGCUGUUAGAGCAAGAACACUUAAGUUCCAGAAAGCUGGCUCUUAUGCAGGAAUAAAUAAAUUAAUAACAGGGAGGUUCUAACUCCUGCAUUUUGUACUUCUAAUGUGUUAGAGAGAUUGGACCUGGGGACACUCAUUAGGAAAAAAAGAACCAAAAAUCCCAGUAUUUGCCAGGAAACACUCUGCAGGGCGGUCAUUAUUGCUGUCAUUACCGUUACCAUUCCAGUCGCAGUCCCUUGUAGUAUUCAACACUCCUUAAGCUGUGCACUUGCCUGGAAGUUUUUUUUGUGCAUCCCUUUUAUUCUGUUUUCCUGCUUGAAAAAAGUUGAGCAGGGCGUUGAUGAAUGCCAGAAGGGCAUACACUAGUAUGAAUGCAUUGAGGAGGAGUAGGUGCUGGCCCAUAAUGCUGUGUUUAGGAGAAAAAAUUCCAAGGCACGUGAUGAAGCACAAAAUCAAUAGUAUUGUGUAAAAAGUACAUUUUUCACACAGGUACUGAGACAAAUGCAGCCUUCAAGCAGGUCAGGGGGGUUGCAAGAGUUUACACAUGGCUGAAUUUGGCUGCCUGUGUUAAUGUCAGUAAUCUGUUAUUUAGUGUAAAUGUUGUUCAUGUUUUUGUACCAACAUUAUAACCAGUGUUGUUCUCUCACUUGAGUUGUCAUUAACAAGAUCAGUAAUUGAGAAAUGCACACGUUUUGUAAAACUGUAUUCCCACCUUAAAUACAGAAGAGAA